GGCAGUCCAUUUGUAAAAGAGAAACUGUCAGAGACGAGUUUGUUGAGCAUAAAUUAAAUAAUACGAAUAAUUUACGUGUGAAGCUACACAGUAUUUUUUGUUAAAUACAUGUAAAUAUAUCUGCGAGUGCAUCGGUGUUUGUGUUUGUUGUUCGGAAGUGAGAUUCUACAGGAUGGAUGAACUUAAGGGUUUCUUGAGACAAGCCGGCCAAGAGUUUCUCAAUGCUGCCGGCGAAGCGGCAAUGGGUGCCGCCAAGGAUGUUGUUGGAUCUGUGAUUAACGAAAUAUUCAUAAAGAAGGAGGCGGAUACCAAGCGAGUCCUUCCGAGCAUUAAGAAUAUGCGAGUUUUGGGCGAAAAUAACUCGAAUCUUGGAUCGCACUCGGAGGUGCAGGAUUAUGAGACACUAAGGAAUAGCUGUUUGACGAACGGAUCACUAUUCGAGGACACACUCUUUCCGGCCAGCAAUGAGUCCCUCAUGUUUUCACGCCGACCUGACCGAUAUUUCGAAUGGCUGCGACCUCAUGAAAUCGUUGACAAUCCUCAAUUUUUCGUCGAAGGCUAUUCAAGAUUCGAUGUGCAACAGGGCGAACUUGGCGAUUGUUGGCUCUUGGCUGCAACCGCAAACCUGACACAUGAAUCGUCUCUGUUCUUCCGUGUGAUUCCCCCAGAACAAAGUUUCGAGGAGAACUAUGCUGGAAUAUUCCACUUUCGCUUUUGGCAAUAUGGUAAAUGGGUUGACGUGGUUAUUGACGACCGUUUGCCAACGUAUCAUGGAGAGUUGUUGUAUAUGCAUUCGGCUGAGAAAAAUGAAUUCUGGAGUGCACUUUUGGAGAAGGCAUAUGCGAAGCUUCACGGAUCGUAUGAAGCCCUUAAGGGAGGCACCACAUGCGAGGCGAUGGAGGAUUUCACUGGAGGUGUCAGCGAGUGGUAUGAUCUUAAGGAAGCGCCAGCCAAUCUUUUUAGCAUUCUGCAGAAAGCCGCAGAACGCAACUCCAUGAUGGGAUGCUCCAUCGAGGCAGAUCCCAACGUGCUGGAAGCCGAAACGUCACAGGGAUUGAUUCGUGGACAUGCCUACUCCAUUACCAAGGUGUGCCUCAUUGAUAUUGUGACACCGAAUCGGCAGGGAAAGAUCCCAAUGAUUCGAAUGCGAAAUCCGUGGGGAAAUGAGGCAGAGUGGAAUGGUCCAUGGAGCGACAGCUCGCCCGAGUGGAGAUAUAUACCUGAGGAGCAGAAACAGGAAAUUGGCCUAACAUUCGAUAGAGACGGAGAAUUUUGGAUGUCGUUCCAAGAUUUUCUAACCCAUUUUGAUCGCGUUGAACUUUGCAAUUUGUCGCCGGAAUCUUUCAUUAAAAACUCUGAGGAUAAUCAGCAGAGCGGAAAACGUAAAUGGGAGAUGUCAAUGUACGAGGGGGAAUGGACUCCCGGCGUUACCGCAGGCGGUUGUCGCAACUUCUUGGACACAUUUUGGCACAAUCCGCAGUACAUAAUAUCCCUGGCUGACCCCGACGAAGCGGAUGAGGAGGGCAACUGCACAGUUAUUGUUGCCUUAAUGCAGAAAAACCGUAGAUCCAAGCGUAACAUGGGAAUGGAGUGCCUUACAAUUGGUUUCGCUAUUUACAGCCUAACCGAACGUGAUCUGGCAACCCGUCCGCAAGGACUCAAUUUCUUUAAGUACAAGUCCUCAGUUGGACGAUCGCCACACUUUAUCAACACUCGGGAGGUAUGCGCUCGAUUCAACCUACCUCCGGGUCACUAUCUGAUUGUGCCUUCGACUUUUGAUCCAAAUGAGGAAGGCGAAUUCAUCAUUCGAGUCUUCUCUGAAACUCAAAAUAAUAUGGAAGAGAAUGAUGAUCACGUUGGGUAUGGAGACAACUCGGAUAAGGUCAUACCAGGUUUUCCGACACCGAAGCCCGUAGAUCCACAAAAAGACAGCUUAAAGCGAUUAUUUGACAGCAUUGCCGGCAAGGACAUGGAAGUAGAUUGGAUGGAGCUGAAACUAAUCUUGGACCACUCAAUGCGGGAUGAUCUACCAAAGCCUGUUAUGUUUAACCGACUUCAAAAUAACAAUGCAUUCGAAACUCAGGCAGAGACUGGAGGGGAUUCUGGCAAUGCUUGUGGAAUACUGUCCUUGAUAUGUGGACCAUUCCUUAAAGGUACUCCCUUCGAAGAACAUUUGGGCAUGAAUGAUCAGUCCAACAAAAGGCUGAUAGAUGAGGGUCCAGCAGCUAUUGUCGACGAGACUCAUGGCUUUUCCAAAGAUGUUUGCCGUUCUAUGGUGGCAAUGUUAGAUGCAGAUAAAUCGGGAAAACUGGGCUUUGAAGAGUUUGAAGCAUUGCUUACAGACAUCGCAAAGUGGAAAGCUAUUUUUAAGACAUACGAUACCGAAAAUUCGGGUAGAAUAUCAGGAUUCCAGCUGCGUGAAGCUCUGAACUCGGCAGGUUACCAUUUAAACAAUCAUGUUCUUAAUGCCUUGGGGCAUCGAUAUGGUUCGAGAGACGGAAAAAUCGCCUUCGAUGAUUUUCUCAUGUGUGCCGUGAAAAUUAAAACAUAUAUUGAAAUAUUUAAAGAAAGAGACGCCGAGAAAAACGAAACCGCGACAUUUACUUUGGAGGAGUGGAUUGAACGGACAAUAUAUUCUUAAAUGCACAGCUGCUAUUAGAUUUAUUAUGAUAAUAUAUAAGUGCACGCAUA